ACAACCGGAUGUAUCAAUGUUAACCAGCCCUCAGCGAAAAAUAACGUAAACUGUUUUAGACCAAAGAUUUAACUAUAAAUAUCCUGACAUUCUCCUUGUAGAUGUUUAUUUCUGCAGAUGUGAUAAGUCCUGUCUAAAAUUUGCUUUAAAGAAUUCCAUCGACCUUUGUUUGCAACAUGAAUGGACUUUUAGCUAAUUCAGCUAGCAGGAGAGAUUUAUUGGGGGUUCUGACGUUGAAGCAUUAAAAAAAAAACAUGGUUUAGGGCUACAGGAAGAGUCCAGGUUCCAGGUGUAUGAUACUAUCUGUAAUCUCUUGAGUGGAUACAGAAGGUAUAAGCUAUUCAGGUUUCCUAUUCUGCUUUAUUAAAUCAGAGCAUGUCUUGCGUAAGUUUUCAGUUUUAGGCAGCAGAAACAAACAAGGGUUGUAGAAAAGACUUUUAAGUGAAUCAAGAAUGUCUGAAACGAUGAAGAUUGAAGCGGGCGACUCCGGGAGGCUCAGUAUGUUGUCUCCCAUCCCUGCAGCAUCCUCAUCAGAACUGGAAGAGGGAAAGGGCAAGACAGAUCUCAUGAUUUCAGACUAUCAGAUGUCAGUGAUCAAAGAAGAAGUCUUCCCAGACUGGAGCUCGAGUUUGGACAACCGUUACCCAGAGCCCCCCCCCAUCAAAUUGGAAGAGGAAGAACAGUGGAUCAGUCAGAAGGAAGAGCAGCUUGCUGUGAAGAGGGAAGAUGGGGAGAAACCUCAGAUAGCAGAGCUUCACCAAAUAAAAACUGAGGACAAAGAGACAGAAAAUUUAACCAGCAGCUCAACUGAACAGACACAACUAGUUGAGGAGGACUGUGGGGCACCAGAACCAAACUAUAACCUUGAUCCUACAUAUUCUUCUCAAAAGAGCAAGCUAAAGGUCCAUAGAAAAUGUAAAAAUCCUAAACUGCACUCAAAAGUCAAAGCUCAGAUCGGAGUCAACACAGGAGAGAAGCUGUUUGGAUGCAAUAUCGGUGGGGAAAGAUUUAAACGGAAGGCUUAUGUGAAGUUACAUAUACUUGCACACAUAGAAAAUGAGGAACAUGGAUGUUAUCUUUGUGGUAAAGUAUUUAAAAAAAAGAGUUACCUUCAGAUCCACAUGAGACUCCAUACUGGAGAGAGACCGUUUGCUUGUGUUGAUUGUGGGAGAAGGUUUCAUCGAAAGACCAUUCUCAAAAACCACCUGGCCGUCCAUUCAGGAGAAAAACCAUUUUCUUGUGACAUUUGUGAUAAAAGAUUUAAGAGAGAGAAAUCUCUAAAAAGCCAUGUAUGGUUGAUCCAUACCGCAAAGAAGCAGUUUUCUUGUACUAUUUGCAGUAAAAGAUUUUUACAGGAAGAACACCUAAAGACUCACAUGCGUGUUCACACAGGAGAGAAGCCUUUUAUUUGUAACGUUUGCAGUAAAGAGUUUUCGCGACAAGAUCACCUAAAGAGUCACAUUCUUGUUCACACAGGAGAGAAACAAUUUAUAUGUGGGGUUUGUAGUAAGAAAUUUACGCUAAAACAGAAUUUAAAGAUUCACAUGCGUGUUCACUCAGGAGAGAAACCCUUUAUUUGUUCAAUUUGCGGUAAAGCCUUUUCACAACAAAACCGCCUCAAAAGUCACAUGAGCAUUCACACAGGAGAGAAACCGUUUGUCUGUGGUGUCUGUAAAAAAGAGUUUUCACAGCAGCGGAAUCUAAAGAUCCACAUGCAUAUCCACACGGGGGAGCAGCCGUUUCUCUGUAGCGUCUGUGGCAAAGGGUUUUCACUCCAAAGGAAUCUAAAGAUCCACAUUCGCAUUCACACUGGAGAGAAACCAUUUGUUUGUAGUUUUUGUGGUAAAGGCUUCUCACGACAAGACUAUUUGAAAAGUCACAUGCGUGUUCACACAGGAGAGAAACCAUUUGUUUGUGGUGUUUGUAAUAAAGCAUUCACACAACAACAGAAUCUGAAAAGGCAUAUGGAAGCUCACAAAGUAUGAUUUAUCUUUCUAGGUUCGUUCUAAUAAAUUAAGCAGCUAUUAGAUUGCAAUUUUUAUAUAGUAAUAGAUGUAUCUUAAAAAUCAUGUGGAACAGUGUUUUUAGUUUUAGGGCUGGGUGAUAUAGCCUAAAGUCAAUGUCGUGAUAUAUUCAGCAGUUUGCUUCACUUGAUAAGUGGAUGAUAUGACCUCCACAGGAGAAAAACACUACAGUCAUAUUCAUCUGAGCUUGGGA